UUGAGAAAAGCAAACAGUAUCAUUGAAUUCUGCACAUUCCUAUUCACACACUUCAGAUUUUAAAAAAUACAAAUCUCCCAGUGACAUUCUUAGCAGCGCAAAGAGGCUGUGAAGUACACCAAAUUACUUGUGAUUAAUUUUAAGUCAUUCUUUCCCCUUUGUAUUGGCAAUACAGCACAACUGGUAUGGAAAAGAAGGAAGGUUAUUUUCCCUGGGAAUAUCAUAAGAGAUCACAGCACCAAAGUUGCAACCACUAUCCAAGGACACUGCAUUAAAGACGAGUGGGAAUGUGUAUAAACUCCGUAACUUUUCCCAAGUGUUUUCCUCCUAAGCUUCGGAUUCUAUGUCUCCUACCUCUCCAAGUCUACUGGUUUAUGCAGAUGAUGUUCCUGUCACCACUGCUGGAUGAUGGCAGCUGUAACCCAUUGACCUUUCUAAGCAAACAUGCUAGAAUGCUUGAAGAACCACAACUGCCACUUUCAGGACAGCAGCACACUCUGGAUAGCUAAAGCUUUGACUUCUUUUCUAAGUUCUUACCCAAGAGACUGGAUACGGUUCCCUGCCUUGUACAGCAAGACCACAUCACCCAUCCGUUCUAAAUGCCUUGUAAUGGGGUUAAUUUUACGAUAUGCUACAGCACCAACUGAUAUUGAAAGUGGAACUGUGUAUGAUUGUGGAAAACUGGUCUUCAGUCCAUCAACUCUAUUGAUUAAUAUCAGUAACCAAGUUCAUGAAUAUAAAUACAAGAGAGAAAUAAGUCAGCACAACAUCAGUCCUCACCAAGGCAAUGCUAUACUUGAAAAGAGUUCUGCCUCAGGUUGGGGUGUGUGGAUCAAGAAUAUUCUGCAAACUCAGAUGACAUUUGACCCAGAAAUCUUCUUCAAUGUUUUACUGCCACCAAUUAUAUUUCAUGCAGGAUACAGCCUAAAGAAGAGACACUUUUUUCAAAAUUUAGGAUCUAUUUUAACAUAUGCCUUCUUGGGAACUGCCAUCUCCUGUAUCAUCAUAGGGUUAAUUAUGUAUGGCUUUGUGAAGGCUAUGGUGUAUGCUGACCAGCUGAAAAAUGGAGACUUUCAUUUCACUGACUGUUUGUUUUUUGGUUCACUGAUGUCUGCUACAGAUCCAGUGACAGUGUUGGCCAUCUUCCAUGAACUGCAUGUUGACCCCGACCUAUACACACUCUUGUUUGGGGAGAGUGUGUUGAAUGACGCAGUUGCCAUAGUCCUCACAUAUUCUAUAUCCAUUUACAGUCCCAAGGAGAAUCCAAAUGCAUUUGAUGCUGCAGCAUUCUUCCAGUCCGUGGGAAAUUUCCUGGGGAUCUUCGCUGGGUCGUUUGCAAUGGGGUCAGCAUAUGCUGUUGUCACGGCACUGUUGACCAAAUUUACCAAACUGUGUGAGUUCCCCAUGCUGGAAACAGGCCUGUUUUUCCUCCUGUCCUGGAGCGCCUUCCUGUCUGCCGAGGCCGCUGGCCUAACAGGGAUAGUUGCUGUUCUCUUCUGUGGAGUCACACAAGCACAUUAUACCUACAACAACCUGUCGUUGGAUUCCAAAAUGAGGACUAAACAGUUGUUUGAAUUUAUGAACUUCUUGGCUGAGAACGUCAUCUUCUGUUACAUGGGUCUGGCGCUGUUCACGUUCCAGAAUCAUAUCUUUAAUGCUCUUUUCAUACUUGGAGCCUUUAUAGCAAUUUUUGUAGCUAGAGCCUGCAAUAUAUAUCCCCUCUCCUUCCUCCUGAAUCUGGGCCGGAAGCAAAAGAUCCCCUGGAACUUUCAGCACAUGAUGAUGUUUUCAGGUCUGCGAGGGGCCAUAGCCUUUGCCUUAGCUAUUCGGAACACAGAAUCUCAGCCCAAGCAAAUGAUGUUCACCACCACGCUGCUCCUUGUGUUCUUCACAGUCUGGGUAUUCGGGGGAGGAACGACCCCCAUGCUGACGUGGCUUCAGAUCAGAGUUGGUGUGGAACUGGAUGAAGAUCAGAAGCAGGAGCCCUCCUCACACCAGGAAGCAAAUAACUUGAAUAAAAGCACGACAAAAACAGAGAGUGCCUGGCUCUUCAGAAUGUGGUACAGCUUUGACCACAAAUAUCUGAAACCAAUUUUAACCCAUUCUGGUCCCCCCCUGACCACAACGUUACCUGAAUGGUGCGGCCCAAUUUCCAGACUGCUCACCAGUCCUCAGGCCUAUGGGGAUCACCUCAAAGAGGAUGAUGUUGAAUGCAUUGUAAAUCAGGAUGAACUGGCCAUGAAUUACCAGGAGCAAGCCACCUCACCCUGCAGUCCUCCAGCGAGGCUGGGUCUGGACCAGAAAGCUUCACCCCAGACUCCAAGCAAGGAAAACAUUUAUGAGGGGGACCUUGGCCUGGGAGGCUAUGGACUCAAGCUUGAGCAAACUCCAGGUCAAUCCCAGCUGAACUAAUGGGCGUGAACAGUGCAGAGGGAGUCACAGGUAAGGCGAGGCUCAUGGAGGAAUACAAGCCAAGUUGGGAGGCAGCCGAGAGGAGAGGCUGGAAGAUGUCUUAAGAGCAUUAAUUGGAGAGAUUCAAAACCUUGUCGCAUGUGUCCUCUAGUGCCUGCAGAAACGAGAAUGUAUUAUCAGCCUCUAUAUUAUGCAACUGAAUUGACGUUCCUGACAGCACCGUUUUUAUUAACGAACUGGGUAGGGAGGGAGGGGUGGAGAGGGGAGGGAGGCAGGAGUCUAGCUGCUGGGAGGAUGAAACAGAUGUGCGGUGUCUGCAGGGUUUUUCUUUUCUGUGUGCAGCUCUCCAGGCCUUUCGCUCAGAUUUGGGAUUUUAUUCCCUUCAUUAGGGAGAGUUUAAAAAUAAGACCAAGAGUUUCUGAGCUUAAACAUGUGGCUCCUAAGCUGGAGGGAAUGCCCAGUUAUUCAGGAAGCGAUAUGUUUUAUAUUUUUAGAAGCUAGGCUGCCACUUGCUCUUAAUGAUCCAGGGCUAUCUGCCCAGACAAAUGCUGUUGAUACCACUGUUGACGGCCUCACAGAACCCAUGGCGCACAGAGGGGGCCCCCCUGUUUUCCUCACAUCCUUUUCAAGCUGCUGCUUCCAACGACUGAAGGAGUUGAUGGCAGCUUGGGUGUGCUCUGUGCUAAAUGUGGUGCCGAUUUCCACCUUGGUAGGACCCCUUUUGGGGAAAGUGGGGUUCUUGUGCCGUUACCAUGUUUCAGCCUUCCUGUCCUCACUUGCAUUCGAGUCCUUUCCUGGCUCUGUAGCAAGUCCCUCCGUCUGCUGGGCGAUGAGAUUCUAUAGCACAGGCUCCUCGCCACACGGCAGGAGUGCAGAUAUGCCCUGCAAUUCCAACUCACACAGCAGAAAAGCAGGGCAGGAGCUAGAGGAGCAGGGCAAGGAUGCAUGGGGACCACACGAAGGAGGCAAGGAUGCAACAUCAGGGCCCUACUUACAGGGCUGGGUUCAUGGCCCAAGGCUGAGCGACCAAUGCAAUAGCUUUUUUUUUUUUUUUUUUUUUUUUUUGUCUUUUUAGGGCUGCACCCCCAGCAUAGGGAGGUUCCUAGGCUAAGGGUCUAAUCAGAGCUAUAGCUGCCGGCCUACACCACAGCCACAGCAACACCAGAUCCAAGCCGGGUCUUCGACCUACACCACAGCUCACGGCAAUGCGGGACCCUUAACCCACUGAGCAACCAGGGAUCGAACUCACAUCCUCAUCGAUCCUAGUCAGGUUUGCUAACCACUGAUCCACAAAGGGAACUCCCCAACACAAUAGCUUUUAAUUCAGCUGCAUGACCUGUGCCUUUAAGCCAUUAAGAUACCUCAAACCCAGCUUCUCGAAAUACAGAUGUUAGACUCUAGAAAAAAAGCAGGCUCCCCCAGUCCUGGGUGCCCAGGCUCUGAUGAGUCAGUCUGUGUCUGAGGGAGGCAGAGGCACCACUGGCGCCUUCCUGGGGGCCCAAAACUUGGAAGUAACAUACACUCUGCUGUUAGAGUCAUCGGGCUUUAGACACGAGCCUUGGAGGGCUGGGGCUUGCCGCUACAUGCGUCUAUUCUCUUGCUUUCCAAACAGUAGAAACGAGGGGCACCAAUUGUGCUAUACUCAGCUAGGCAUCACCUGGUCAUUCCAGGUAAAUAUGGCAAAUGGCAAAGCAUGAAGUUUUCUAAGUUGACUUAAUCCUAAUAAAAUUUUGUUAUGAAGUA